UGGCCGCCCGGAGCCUCCAGCGCAGUUUCUUUGCUGCACGCAGGGACUACAUUUCCCGUGAUCCUCCGCCCGUGCGUUCCAACUGACUUCCGGUCUCUGCGUUCCACAUAGCGGAAGUUAUUGGUUCAUUGUGUUCUGUGCCCUUUUUCGGGUGUGAGAGGACUGGGAGGGAGCAGAGAAGGAGGGGGAGUAUCUAGAGGAAAACAGGGGUCUGUACAAGGAUGUGAUGAUGGAAAAUCACCAGCCUCUCACAUCACUGGAUGGGUUCAGUAAUAGAGAUACCCCAGAGAGAUGUCCUCUGUAUUCCCAGGAUUGUACAGAGGAGAAUCACAGGAUCCCACAGGAGGAUCAGGGAGAAAGCAUUUCUGAUAUGAAGACAGAAGAUACAGAGGGAGAAGAAGAGACGUAUGUGACUGAUAUGAAGGCAGAAGAUAUAGAGGGAGAAGAAAAGACGUAUGUGACUCAUAUGAAGGCGGAAGAUACAGAGGGAGAAGAAGAUACGUAUGUGACUGAUAUGAAGGCAGAAGAUAUAGAGGGAGAAGAAGAGACGUAUGUGACUGAUAUGAAGGCAGAAGAUAUAGAGGGAGAAGAAGAGACGUAUGUGACUGAUAUGAAGGCAGAAGAUAUAGAGGGAGAAGAAGAGACAUAUGUGACUGAUAUGAAGGCAGAAGAUACAGAGAGAGAAGAAGAGACGUAUGUGACUGAUAUGAAGACAGAAGAUAUAGAGAGAGAAGAAGAGACGUAUGUGACUGAUAUGAAGGCAAAAGAUAUAGAAGGAGAAGAAGAGACGUAUGCGAGGGGUGAUCAGCAGUGUAAAGAGGAGGAAAUCCCAACAGAUAUCAACACAGCAGAUGGACACAGAAGCAGGAAUAUCGCAGAGGGACAUCUCAUUUUACCUCCAGUCUUUAAAAUUGAAGAUAACAUUGUACGAGAUUCCACAGGAGAAAUCCCCAUUACCCUAAAUAUACACCCAGUAACUCACAGUGCCAAUGUAUCAUCUAAUCCUUCUAAUCAUGAAUGUUCUCCUGAUACUUCAGGUGUGUUUUCCUGUUCUGAGUGUGGGAAAUGUUUUACAUAUAAAUCGCGUCUUGUUAGACAUCACAAAAUUCACACAGGUGAGAGGCCAUUUCCAUGUUCUGAGUGUGGGAAAUGUUUUGCAUAUAAAACACAUCUUGUUACACAUCAGAGAAGUCACACAGAUGAGAAACCAUUUCCAUGUUCUGAGUGUGGGAAAUGUUUUACAUACAAAUCAAGUCUUGUAAUACAUCAGAAAAGUCACACAGGUGAGAAGCCAUUUCGAUGCUCUGAGUGUGGGAAAUGUUUUAUAUGUAAAUCAAGUCUUUUAAUACAUCAGAAAAGUCACACAGGUGAAAAACUAUUUCCGUGUUCUCAGUGUGGGAAAUGUUUUACCUUGAAAUCAAAUGUCAUUAGACAUAUGAAAAGUCACACAGAAGAGAAGCCUUUUCAGUGUUUUGAGUGUGGGAAAUGCUUUUCAUAUAAAUUAAGUCUUGAUUUACAUCAGCGACUUCACACAGGUGAAAAACUCUUUCCGUGCUCUGAGUGUGGAAUAUGUUUUACACACAAAGCACAACUUAUUAGUCAUCAAAAAAAGCACACAGGUGAGAAGCCGUUUUCAUGUUCUGAGUGUGGGAAAUGUUUUACACACAAAUUAAGUCUUGUUACACAUCAGAGAAGUCACACAGGUGAGAAACCAUUUCUGUGUUCUGAGUGUGGGAAAUGUUUUACACAGAAAUCACAUCUUAUAAGACAUCAGAGAAGUCACACAGGUGCAAAACCAUUUCCAUGUCCUGAGUGUGGGAAAUGUUUUACACACAAAUCAGCUUGUGUAAGACAUCAGAGAACUCACACAGGUGAGAAACCAUUUCCAUGUUCUCAGUGUGGGAAAUGUUUUACACACAAAUCGCGUCUUAUUAUACAUCAGAGAGGUCAUACAGGUGAGAAGCCAUUUUCAUGCUCUGAGUGUGGGAAAUGUUUUAUAGCUAAAUUAAAUCUUGUCAUACAUCAGAGAAGUCACACAGGCGAGAGACCUUUUCUAUGUUCCGUGUGUGGGAAAUAUUUUACACAAAAAUCACAUCUUGUUAGACAUCAGAGAAAUCAUACAGGUGAGAUGCCUUUUUCAUGUUCUGCGUGUGGGAAAUGUUUUACAACUAAAUUAAAUCUCGUCAUACAUGAGAGAAGUCACACAGGGGAGAAGCCAUUUCCAUGUUCUGAGUGUGGGAAAUGUUAUACACAGAAAUCACAUCUUGUUAGACAUCAGAGAAGUCACAGGUAAAAUGCCAUUUCUCUUGUUCUGAGUAUGGGAAAUGUUUUACAUAGAAAUCAAGUAAUUUUACUUUGCACAGAUAAGCUAUUUUAACCUUCUCAAUGCAGAAAAACAUUUAUAUAUAAAUAACAUCUUCAUAGACAUCAGAGAACUUACAGCAAUGAGAAGUUUUAUAUUCUUGCCCUCUGUGUGGCAAAUGUGUUAUUCUGAGUAAACACUAUGUGAUUUGUCAUUCGUUCAGUUGACAAACUACAUGUCACGUAGUGCAUUUGUCCGUAUGUCUGUGAAUGACAUCAGUCACAGACGUUUCCCACCGUCUUGCAGCACGGCUGAUGUAUCUUGCAGAUACAGUGUAUCUGGCUGUGUAAGCAGCUGCACUAGCCGCCGACAAUGACAUCACAACUUGGUGGGCAAAUUGAAAUGGAGAGCAAAUCACAUCUCCAGUCAUGCAGUAUAUAACAUGUUGUAUUGGAAUUGCCUUCCACAUGCACAAAAAGUGGCACUUAUGCCAUGAAGAUGAGGCUGAAACAGAUCGUUAGUGUGUAAUUUAUUGUAUUUUUGCUUGUGUGUCAUUUAUUGUAUUUUCUGAGCUGUGCAUAAAGCAGAGGGAACCCUAUGUUAAUUGUCUCUUGCACCUAGCUUGCGAUAGGCGGAAGUGACAAUAAUGAUGGCUGCCCUCAUUUAUAGACAAUGUAGGGCAAUGUGAUAUGUAUGUAUAGUCAUACUCCAAUUCAGGUCUAUAAUGUGAAAUGUGGGACAUUAUCACAUUAUGUUUGGUCAUAUGCUGUAAUUGAAGGUUUGCCAGGAACUAGCACACCAACUGCCAGGAACUAGCACAGUAAUUGUACUCGCUAACUGCCAGGAACUAGGACAUCAACUGCCAGGAACUAGUACAGUAACUGUACCCGCCAAUUGCCAGGAACUAGCACAGUAACUGUACCCGCCAAUUGCCAGGAACUAGCACACCAACUGCCAGGAACUAGUACAGUAAUUUUUCCCGCCAAUUGCCAGGAACUAGUACUGUAACUGUACACACCAACUGCCAGGAACUAGUACAGUAAUUGUACCCGCCAAUUGCCAGGAACUAGCACAGUAACUGUACCCGCCAGCUGUCAGGAACUAGCACAGUAACUGUACCCGACAACUGCCAGGAACUAGUACAGUAACUGUACCCGCCAACUGCCAGGAACUAGCAGGGUAACUGUACCCGCCAGCUGUCAGGAACUAGCACAGUAACUGUACCCGACAACUGCCAGGAACUAGUACAGUAACUGUACCCGCCAACUGCCAGGAACUAGCACGGUAACUGUACCCGCCAACUGCCCAGAGCCAGGAACUAGCACAGUAACUGUAUACACCAACUGCCCAGAGCCAGGAACUAGCACAGUGACUGUAUACACCAACUGCUCAGAGCCAGGAACUAGCACAGUAAUUGUACCCACCAACUGCCAGGAACUAGCACAGUAACUGUACCUGCCAGCUGCCAGGAAUUAGCACACCAACUGCCAGGCUAGGAACUAGCACAGUAACUGUACCCGCCAACUGCCAGGAACUAGCACAGUAACUGUACCCUCCAACUGCCAGGAACUAGCACAGUAACUGUACCCGCCAACUGCCAGGAACUAGCACAGUAACUGUACCCGCCAACUGCCAGGAACUAGCACAGUAACUGUACCCUCCAACUGCCAGGAACUAGCACAGUAACUGUACCCGCCAACUGCCAGGAACUAGCACACCAACUGCCAGGAACUAGCACAGCAACUGCCAGAAACUAGCACAGUAAUUGUACCUGCCAAUUGCCAGGAACUAGGACAUCAACUGCCAGGAACUAGCACAGUAACUGUACCCGCCAACUGCUAGGAACUAGCACAGUAACUGUACCCGCCAACUGCCAGGAACUAGCACAGUAACUGUACCCGCCAACUGCCAGGAACUAGCACACCAACUGCCAGGAACUAGCACAGUAAUUGUACCUGCCAAUUGCCAGGAACUAGGACAUCAACUGCCAGGAACUAGCACAGUAACUGUACCCACCAACUGCCAGGAACUAGCACAGUAACUGUACCCGCCAACUGCCAGGAACUAGCACAGUAACUGUACACACCAACUGCCAGGAACUAGCACAGUAACUGUACCCGCCAGCUGUCAGGAACUAGCACAGUAACUGUACCCGCCAACUGCCAGGAACUAGUACAGUAAUUGUACCCGCCAAUUGCCAGGAACUAGCACAGUAACUGUACCCGCCAGCUGUCAGGAACUAGCACAGUAACUGUACUUGCCAACUGCCAGGAACUAGUACAGUAAUUGUAUCCGACAAUUGCCAGGAACUAGUACAGUAAUUGUACCCGCCAAUUGCCAGGAACUAGCACAGUAACUGUACCCGCCAGCUGUCAGGAACUAGCACAGUAACUGUACCCGACAAUUUACAGGAAUUAGCACACCAACUUCCAGUCUAGGAACUAGCACAGUAACUGUACCCGCCAACUGCCAGGAACUAGCACAGUAACUGUACCCGCCAACUGCCAGGAACUAGCACAGUAACUGUACCCGCCAACUGCCAGGAACUAGCACACCAACUGCCAGGAACUAGCACAGUAAUUGUACCUGCCAAUUGCCAGGAACUAGGACAUCAACUGCCAGGAACUAGCACAGUAACUGUAGCCGCCAACUGCUAGGAACUAGCACAGUAACUGUACCCGCCAACUGCUAGGAACUAGCACAGUAACUGUACCCUCCAACUGCCAGGAACUAGCACAGUAACUGUACCCUCCAACUGCCAGGAACUAGCACGGUAACUGUACCCGCCAGCUGUCAGGAACUAGCACAGUAACUGUUCCCGCCAACUGCCAGGAACUAGCACAGUAACUGUACCCACCAACUGCCAGGAACUAGCACAGUAACUGUACCCGCCAACUGCCAGGAACUAGCACAGUAACUGUACACACCAACUGCCAGAAACUAGCACAGUAACUGUACCCGCCAACUGCCAGGAACUAGCACAGUAACUGUACCCUCCAACUGCCAGGAACUAGCACAGUAACUGUACCCGCCAGCUGUCAGGAACUAGCACAGUAACUGUACCCGCCAACUGCCAGGAACUAGUACAGUAAUUGUACCCGCCAAUUGCCAGGAACUAGCACAGUAACUGUACCCGCCAGCUGUCAGGAACUAGCACAGUAACUGUACUUGCCAACUGCCAGGAACUAGUACAGUAAUUGUAUCCGACAAUUGCCAGGAACUAGUACAGUAAUUGUACCCGCCAAUUGCCAGGAACUAGCACAGUCACUGUACCCGCCAGCUGUCAGGAACUAGCACAGUAACUGUACCCGACAAUUUACAGGAAUUAGCACACCAACUUCCAGUCUAGGAACUAGCACAGUAACUGUACCCGCCAACUGCCAGGAACUAGCACAGUAACUGUACACACCAACUGCCAGGAACUAGCACAGUAACUGUACCCGCCAGCUGUCAGGAACUAGCACAGUAACUGUACCCGCCAACUGCCAGGAACUAGCACAGUAACUGUACCUUCCAACUGCCAGGAACUAGCACAGUAACUGUACUCUCCAACUGCCAGGAGUUAGCACGGUAACUGUACCCGCCAACUGCCAGGAACUAGCACAGUAACUGUACUCUCCAACUGCCAGGAGUUAGCACGGUAACUGUACCCGCCAACUGCCAGGAACUAGCACAGUAACUGUACCCUCCAACUGCCAGGAACUAGCACAGUAACUGUACCCUCCAACUGCCAGGAACUAGCACAGUAACUGUACCCGCCAACUGACAGGAACUAGCAGGGUAACUGUACCCGCCACCUGCCAGGUACUAGCACAGUAACUGUACCCGCCAACUGCGGGGAACUAGCACAGUAACUGUACCCGCCAACUGCCAGGAACUAGCACGGUAAUUGUACCCUCCAACUGCCAGGAACUAGCACGGUAACUGUACCGCCAACUGCCAGGAACUAGCACAGUAACUGUACCCGCCAACUGCCAGGAACUAGCACAGUAACUGUACCCUCCAACUGCCAGGAACUAGCACAGUAACUGUACCCUCCAACUGCCAGGAACUAGCACGGUAAUUGUACCCUCCAACUGCCAGGAACUAGCACGGUAAUUGUACCCUCCAACUGCCAGGAACUAGCACGGUAACUGUACCCGCCAACUGCCAGGAACUAGCACAGUAACUGUACCCGCCAACUGCCAGGAACUAGCAGGGUAACUGAACCCGCCAACUGACAGGAACUAGCAGGGUAACUGUACCCGCCAACUGCCAGGAACUAGUACAGUAACUGUACCCUCCAACUGCCAGGAACUAGCAUGGUUAAUUGUACCCUCCAACUGCCAGGAACUAGCACAGUAACUGUACCUGCCAACUGCCAGGAACUAGCACAGUAACUGUACCCUCCAACUGCCAGGAACUAGCACAGUAACUGUACCCUCCAACUGCCAGGAACUAGUACAGUAACUGUACCCUCCAACUGCCAGGAACUAGCACAGUAACUGUACCCGCCAACUGCCAGAACUAGCACAGUAACUGUACCCUCCAACUGCCAGGAACUAGCACAGUAACUGUACCCUCCAACUGCCAGGAACUAGCACAGUAACUGUACACACCAACUGCCAGGAACUAGCACAGUAACUGUACCCUCCAACUGCCAGGAACUAGCACAGUAACUGUACCCGCCAACUGCCAGGAACUAGCACAGUAACUGUACCCUCCAACUGCCAGGAACUAGCAUAGUAACUGUACCCGCCAACUGCCAGGAACUAGCACAGUAACUGUACCCUCCAACUGCCAGGAACUAGCACAGUAACUGUACCCGCCAACUGCCAGGAACUAGCACAGUAACUGUACCCUCCAACUGCCAGGAACUAGCACAGUAACUGUACCCUCCAACUGCCAGGAACUAGCAUAGUAACUGGACCCGCCAACUGCCGGGAACUAGCAGGGUAACUGUAGCCGCCAACUGCCUGGAGACCAGAAUGAGCAUAGUGGUUGUCCAUGAACAUAUAUCCCCACCAACAGCCACAAUUGUUAUUCCGAUACUUUAUGUAUCAUAUUUCCACCGCAUUUUAAAUACUGUAGUAAGCUCAACUAGUGUCAUCAUUAUCUCCUGUUUCAUGUUAUUUGUUUCUCUCGUGAUCACCUCAGUGGUCAGUGCUGAGUAAUAUUCUGGUGGCUAAUGAUAAAAUAUAAGAACCCUCCUACAUAUAGUAUUAUUAUAAGAAUCACAGCGUUACACAUAGUGGAUGCCGCCAUUUGGUGGCUGAUAUAACAUCUAUAAAACUGCACCCUAUCCAGUCACUAGGGACCAGUGGCAUCACUGAUAGUGCAGCCUAUCCAGUCACUAGAAGCCAUUGACAUCACUGAGAGUGCGGUUUAUCCAGGCACUAGGGACCAGUGACAUCACAGAGAGUGCAGCCUAUCCAGUCACUAGAAGCCAUUGACAUCAUUGAGAGUGCGGCCUAUUCAGGCACUAGGGACCAGUGACAUCACAGAGAGUGCAGCCUAUCCAGGCACUAGGGACCAGUGACAUCACUGAGAGUGCGGUUUAUCCAGGCACUAGGGACCAGUGACAUCACUGACAGUGCAGCCUAUCCAGUCACUAGAAGCCAUUGACAUCACUGAGAGUGCGGCCUAUUCAGGCACUAGGGACCAGUGACAUCACAGAGAGUGCAGCCUAUCCAGGCACUAGGGACCAGGGACAUCACUGACAGUGCAGCCUAUCCAGUCACUAGAAGCCAUUGACAUCACUGAGAGUGCGGCCUAUUCAGGCACUAGGGACCAGUGACAUCACUGAGAGUGCGGCCUAUCCAGGCACUAGGGACCAAUGACAUCACUGAUAGUGCAGCCUAUCCAGGCACUAGGGACCGGUGACAUCACUGAUAGUGCAGCCUAUCCAGUCACUAAAAGCCAUUGACAUCACUGAGAGUGCAGCCUAUCCAGGCACUAGGGACCAGUGACAUCACUAAGAGUGCAGCUUAUCCAGUCACUAGGAGCCAGUGACAUCACUGAGAUUGCGACCUAUCCAGUUACUAGGAGCCAGUGACAUCAGAGGCCCUUUAUCUAUCGAUCAGCUGUAUUCUAUAUUUGUGUGUCAUUUAUGUGUGAAUAAAUGUAACCCCUUAUAAAAUAGGUAUUAAGAGUCCAAUAGUUGGCGCUGAGUCUAUGCCAGUGACAGUACAUUGCUGUCCCGUGCUUUAUAAUAACAUAUAUUGUAUAGUGCAGGUUAUACAGUGACUAAUGCAAUGUUUUAUGAUGGUUUUAUUUCAUGACUUUACGUCUAUAUUCUUUUGCAAAUAUGUAAAUAAAAUAAUAAGAAACAAUAUAUAUGGACGUUUUAUGGUCUAUACACAAAUAAGGUAAUAAAUAUAUAAUUACCAACAAA